CAACGAAAACGAAGAAGAUUAUGCGAUACCGGUGAAUAGGCAAAAAAUAAGAGAAUCGCGAUAUGCAACUUUUUCGAAUAAAAAUAAAACCGGUAGCAAGAAUAAGAGGAGAAAUUCGAUGCACACAACAUCAUCAAUCAGCAGCAACAAUAGUAUCAACGUAUUCUCGGUUGCUCAUUCCACAAUUGAUAAUGACUAUCAAGUAGAUACAAACAUUACGAAUUAUAGUACAGGUGAAGAGGACGGAAAAAAUUAUCAACUUCAUGGUUACCAUGGCGAUGUGGUAAUAGUGGACGAGAAGUCGGAAUCAGAAAAUAAAGAAUACUGGAUAAAUAGGAUCAUGAAGAUGGUGGAAGACGAUGAUCCACGAAAAACAUUUACUUUGGAAUCCGUUAGUUCUGGCGGUAACGGAAAGGUUUACAAGGCAACCAAUAAAAUCAACAAACAAACCUUUGCCAUAAAAGCCAUCUCGUUAUCCCCCUCGAAAAUGCCAAACAUUACCUACGCCGAGUGUAUAACGAACAAUAAUUGUGAUGUUAGAUAUGAAGGAGAGCACAAACGCGGCGUUCAUCAAUCUAAUGGUGAAUUACACGAGAAUAACAACAACAGAAGCACAACAAAUAGUAGUAUAAUAUGCGGUAACAAUACACUAUAUUUGAUAAUGGAAUUCUGUAGUGCUGGUUCACUAUGGGACGUAAGAAAUCGAAAGAAAAACAAAAGAUUUAGCGAAUUAGAAGUAGGGUAUAUAAUGCGAGAAGUACUGCGAGGUUUGGAAUAUGUACAUGGCAUCGGUAUAAUACACAGGGACAUAAAGGCUCAAAAUAUCUUGAUUGGGAAUGAUGGGCUGAUUAAGAUUGCCGACUUUGGAUCGGCGUCAUUGCACUCAAAGGCAUCCUUGAAAUUGGGAACAUUAUAUUGGAUGGCACCAGAAGUAUUGCGAGACAAUCAGGUAUAUGAUUGCAAAGUGGAUAUUUGGUCAUUGGGCAUAAUGGCCAUCGAGUUGUUUGAUGGAAGACCACCGUGGUAUCCCAUGGGGCAACGAAGGGUCGUAGAAUUAAUAAGGACUGUGGGUACACCUCCGUUACCGUCAGGUAUAUCCGAGGAUUUUGAAUCAUUUUUGAGAGUUUGCCUGAAGGUGAACCCGAGGGAACGACCUGAUGCCAGAGAAUUAUCGUUACAUCCAUUUUUAGCUUGUGCUGGAAUUAAUGGGAUUCACGAGGAUUAG